AUGCUUUGGUGCAAUUUCGUUACGCUUGUUAUGAAAAUGGCGGGUCGAAGGCGGUCGUCUUUCCGGUAACGAGUGAUUUUUAGCCUGCCAUUUUGCCAAUUUUGGCGUACUCUAGGUAAAUGAUUUUACCAUUUUUUACGAAUUUUUCUUUCGAGUUUUCGUUAGAUUUAUUUUUUCUGCGCUUUAUGGUCGUCAAGCGUGAAGAAUUCAAUGAAACAAUAGAGUGGUUUUUCAAUAGCGCGCCUUUGUGUUUGGGUUUACAGUCGAGUGGUUCCUUUCUUUAUUAAUUUGCAUAAUGUUUAAUGCAAAUAUAAAUCUCAACGGUAGUUCCAUUUCAGAAAGUGAAGGUUGAAUAUUGAGAAAACGGGUCUUGACCUCUUUUGACCUCUCUAGUUUUAACCGUAGACGAUCAAGAAAAGCGUGCAAAUUUUGGUCUGUUAAGAAUUGACGGUGCUUUUGUGUGAUGCAAAUUUCCGCAUGAUCUUGUUCCUUUUCUACGUGCUUUGUUUUAUGGAUUUGCAAUAGACAUAUUUGUAUGUAUCGUUAGGUUUAUUUUGGAUUCCUUUGGUAUUAUUUAAGUUUUAAAUCACUAGAAAUAUUCAUCCGACGUCCUGAAUUGUUCCUUUUAGGUUUGUUUGUUAUGGAGGAGGGAAGUCUAAAACGUAGUCAUGUACCUACGUUCGACUCUCCGGGUAAACCUGAGAGCAAGCGCCGAUCUCAAGAAUCAUCAUGCAACACUGAUACACCUAGAGCAAGGAAAAUAUUUCAUGUAUGACAUUCAUGUAUUUCAUGUAUGACAUUCUUCACAUAAAGCUUUUAUUUGUUCUUCAAUGGAGUAGAAUAUAUAUUAUCGAUCAGUUUAUUAUUGUAACAACAAACUGAUAACACACAUAUCUAAUCACCAAUGACAAAUAGCUUUAAAAGGAUCAUUGGGCAGAUCCUUAGUAAAAAGGUAAUAGUAAAUGCUGACAAAAAAACAAACGGGAAAAAUAAUAUAUGAGAAGUCUUUUCUGGCAUAAUUUUUCCUCACUGCAUGCUCAAAUUUGCUCUGGGUUUCCAUUGGUAUAGUGGCUCGGUCAGUCAAGCAAGCAAACACCAAAUAAAGCACCAUCCUUGAAUAGUUUUUGGUAACAUUAUUAGUGUUGUAAUGCAAACAAGCAUUUUUGUUGUGGUGACAAGUACAUUGUUAAUAUUAUUAGUUUUAAUGCAAAAUGCACUGUUUCAAUUAAACAAAUGAGAUUCACUCCAAAUAUUUCAACCUUUCACCCCUAAACACAGUUAUGUCAGCCCAAUUUUCUUCAAUUCAAGAACUUCAAUAAUUUAUUAAGUCUACGGAAAUAUUUGUUCAGUGUUAAAAUUGAAAAUUGAGGCAAGAAUUCUGUUCAGUUCCAUCUCCUUGAAUAUUUUUAUUAGUGAGAAUUCUUUAUUAUAACCAUUGGUUGGAGUGGAAGGGUUAGUGAUUUCGGAGACAUGCAUACAGAUUACAGCUUUUCACCUAAGCAAAAUAUGUUUUUGGAUUUAUGUAGAUAAGCUUUUCCUCUUGUGAAAUAACUAAUUUAUUUUCAAUAAUCAUUAUAAUUUAAUAUGACUUAAUCAAUAUCAACAUGACUCUGCAUUAUGCUUUAUCUUGGUUGAAUAAAAGGUACAAGGAACACGACUUUGGUUUCUAAACAAGAACGUGUCACCACUCUUAUUGUUGCUUACCAAUAACAGUGAACUAGAUGGGAACUAGAUGAAACAUGAUGAAACUGUUCAAAUAGGUGGCCUGAGUUGUUCAACUCUUACACCUGGUCACAAAGACCUUUACACACGAAACUAUGGCUUCUUUGUAGGUUAAUAAUCACAUGGUACAAAAACUCCCUGCUUGGAAGCAAAUUUCGCAGUAAACUUUGAAAGGAUUGCAGAUGCUCUAUCUUUUGUUUUCGUCAUUUUAACACAGUUUGCAUCCCUGGAUGCUGGUUUUGUACCAUGUGACAACUAAGCUGCAAAACCUGUUUUGAUUGAACUUGAAAUGUUCUACAUAUAAAAUAUGAAAACACAUAAAUAUCCCCUUUCAUUCAUCUACAGUCAAUAAAAAUAGGAAAUAGUUUUCAAUUAUUAUUUAAAAACCUAAAUUUUGUCAUUGUACUUGUAGUCUUUUUUGUUAGGGGGCCACCUGCCAAUCUUAGACACUGAAAUUGCAGGAAAAUAUUUUUUUGCCCAAUGUCAAAAACAAAUUGAUAAAAUACAGUUUUAAGGGUGACAAGUCUUACUUCUCGCUUUCUCAUAGCAAUAGUGACUUUGCGGACUUUAACAGCAGGGAUGUAUCCAAUUGAUUGCCAGCCUCCUUCUCCUGCAGACAAACUUGCUUGGACAACUAUAGCGUUCUCGUCUCGAACGUUUGUGGGUUCGAAUUGUAAACGGAGAUCGAUUUUUUCUUUUUCCAAUAAUCUUUCCUUGCACUUUUCGAGGCUACUUUGAAAAGAAUCGUGGUAACUGCUUCCUUUCAACUGCAUCAACUCUGUAAACAAUUCCUCCUCCGCUUCGCUAUUUGAUUCAUCGCGAGUACCCUCUUCCUCACUUUCCUUAUCGUUCUCAUCAUCUGUAUCGCCACAUGCAUCCGGUAUACCGCUUAAAUCGAGAUUUUGCAACCGUGCUGCAAUUGCUCCUGUGUCUGGUGUGCGAACUAUGUCACCAACGCCAGGAAAUUGAGUGCAGUUGCACGACACUUCAUCGAAGGCAAGCCUCGGAACGGACACCAUGUGGUCUGCUGGUUUUUCUUCUGGUUGUAUUGCUGCUCCUGUCAUACCGGUCGUGGGCUCAAAAUCCCAGAUAACAGCCAUUUUCGCUCCUUCGUUGUCAUCAGUUUCUUCAGGGGCAACCUGGUACAAAAAAGUUUUGUGUUAUGAAAGCAAAGAAGACCUGAGCUUAUUAAGCUGCGGAAAGAGGUGAGAUAAGACAUCGGGUGAAACUCAAUGUACCCAACAAAUGGGUAAAAACACAAUCAAAUUGGGUUCAACCCUUAGAAAGGAAAAAAUACUCACAUCAAAUACGGCACUUGACUUCACGUCGAUACAACAAGGCGAUUUUACUCCAGUUAAUUUCGACAUCGCAUCAUCCGAGUCGGGCAACAUUACUAGUCUUCGUUCCGACAAAUCCCACAUGAACGAAAAGUGGCCGUAAACAAGCUUGACCUUCAAAAGUGGGAAGCUUUUGACUGUAAGCUCGAAUCGGCUUUCCAAAUCGGUACAAUGAAGCCAUACGUAGCGAUUAUCUUUAAAUAGCUUCACGUCGCACGGCCUUCUCUCCACGGCGUCCAUCUUGAACUAACAGUAUCACGUGACGAAUAGAGUUUGAUAAUAUAGUUCAAACGCAAAGCAUGAUGGCAUAUAUGCAAACUCCUCCUUUUUGCCUGACCUUCAUGGUGCAAAGAAUUGCCUAGUUGAUGUACCUGCUGCUAAAAUUGAAUUUGGUACACAGCAUAUAACUGAAGAGUUAGAUGGCACUGACAAUGAACAUCAGGAAUACUUUGAUUAUGCUAGAAUUAGUCUUUCAAUGCCUUUGCCAGACAAUUGGCAAGAAGCACUUCAACUGUACAAAAAAUUAAUGCAUGCUGCCCUUCAUGGGUAUUCCUCAUAG